AUGAAUGAGCACCGGCUCACUCGUCGCCCUCAGGACGGGAGAGGGGGGGCGGGGGGAGGUCACGUGGCUCCCGUGCGCCGUCCCGCUCGCAGUGUCGAUAAAGUCUUUGAAGGGGAGCGGGGGCGCCGCUUUCCGCCUUGUCGCAAAAGAGUCCGGGUCGCCGCGGCAACGGCCGACGCGGAGGCGAUGGCGGCGGCCGAGGCCGAGGCGGAGGCUGAGGCGUCGUCCGAGGCCGAGGAGGAGGCGUCGUCGUCGUCGGCCGUGUGGGAGGACCGCGCGGCGGAGCUGCUGAGCGAGGCGCUGAUCCGGCUGCUGCCCGGGCUGGAGCAGGAGAGCAAGGCGGGCCGGGCGCGGGCGCUGGAGGGCGUGCGGCGGGCGCUGGAGGAGGAGGGCCCCCCCCCCCGCCGCCGCCGCGCCCUGGAGGCGGUGUUCUGCCGGCUGCUGCUGGGCCCCCUGCUCCGCCGCCUGCACGACCCGUCCGAGCGGUGCCGGGCCCUGGCCGCCGCCCUGCUCCGCCUCGGCCUGGCGCGCGCCCGCCGCCCGCACCGCGCCCUGGCGCCCGCCCUGGUGCCCGCCCUGGCCCGGCGCCUCGGGGGGGCCGGAGGGGCCGCCAUGGGAGGAGGAGCGGGAGGAGGCCCGGGAGCAGCCGUCCACCCCCCGAGCCCCCUCCCCGAGCCGUGCGAGGAGCUGCGGCUGGAGCUGGUGCAGACGCUGGGGCUGCUGGCGGCCAAGUGCGGGCCCCACCUGGCCCCCUACCUGGCCGACGUGGUGUCCGUCCUCAGGGUCACCAUCGUGGACCCCUUCCCGGACGUCAAGAGGGAGAGCUGCGGCUGUGCCGCCGCCUACGCCAGGGCCCUCCCCGAUCAUUUCCACAUGCAGUCGGAAGCCUUGAUCACCCCCUUGAUGCAGACGAUUACACACCAGCAUUCCAAGGUCCGGGUGGCCGUGAUCGAGGCCACGGGGACGGUGAUUCAGUUUGGCAAUGGAAAAUCGGUGGAUGAUGUUAUUGCUCAUUUUGCACAGCGGCUGUUUGACGAUGUCCCCCAGGUUCGAAAAGCUGUGACCAGCGUUGUUGGGAACUGGCUACUAGAUCUUCGAGACAGAUACUCCUACUUUCACAAGCUUAUACCUUUACUGCUGAGCAGCUUUAAUGAUGAAAUCCCAGAGAUAACGCAGUUGGCUUUUGACCUCUGGGAGAAGAUUGGUUUGCAGUGGCAAAAAGAGAAUGAAGAUGACCUAAAGGAUAAACUUGACUUUGCUGCUCCACCACCAUCUCAUUACCCUGAAGGAGUAAUUCGCCCAGGAUUGGGAUGUAGAGAACUUGUUUUCAGAAAUCUCUCCAAGAUUCUUCCAGCUAUCUGUCAUGAUAUAACCGACUGGGUAGCAGGAACCAGAGUAAAAGCAGCACAACUUCUGACUGUUUUAUUACUACAUGCAGAAGAUCAUAUUACCCAGCACUUAGAAAUAGUGCUCAGAACCUUAUACCGGGCAUGCUCAGAUGAGGAAAAGGUUGUUGUAAGCAGUUGUGCAAAAUCAGCGGAACUGAUUGGAACAUUUGUCAAUCCUGAGGUGUUUUUGAAGUUAAUCUUAGCGGGGCUGAAGAAAUCACCCCUUCCUCCGAAUCUCAUGGUCCUUGCUGCAGUUAUUAGAGGAUGCUCUAGAGAAGACCUUAAACUUCAUAUAAAUAGCAUUGCCAACACACUCUCACAGACACAAAUUUGUCAAGGCUCUGAGGAGGUUCUUUACAUGGAGCAGUUGCUUUGUUGCGUUGAAGCUUUAAUUAAAGUGGGAAAAGAAGACUGCACAGAGGCCAGCUUACAGCUCAUGGAAGUUUUAGUGACAAUAAUGGCAAUCCCUGGGGCUGCAAGCCUUCAUGAAAAGGUUCAGGAGACAAUGACGUCAUUAGCUGUGGCGCAGAAGAUGGAUGGCACUCUGGAUCUCUAUAGACAACAUAUACAUCAGCUUAUGGAAUGGUUGUCUUCAUCACAUGAUCACUGGAACUGUUACUCAGUGGAGCUGUCGCAGUUUGAAGUAGUCGCCACUCAGUCAGGUCCUGUAUUAAGUGAAGCUCUUCAUCAAUUCAUUUCCAUUCUUAAGACAUGUCUUCAGCCAAGCAAAGAUCCAAAAAUGCGCCUAAAGCUUUUCACUGUUUUAUCACAAAUACUGCUGAAAGCAAACAAUUCUGUGAACUCACAAGGACAAUUUCAUGGAUACCUUGAGACUGUGAUAAAAGACAUAUUGCUUCCAAAUCUGCAGUGGCAUGCUGGAAGAACAGCAGGUGCCAUCCGAACCACAGCCGUUUCGUGUCUUUGGGCCCUUAUUUACAGCGAGAUGCUGUCAACAGAACAGGUUUUGGAAGUACAAGAACUCUUGCUGCCUCAGAUCAUCACCACUCUGGAAGAAGAUUCUAAAAUGACUCGGCUACUGUCAUGCCGGAUUAUUAGCGUACUUUUAAAAUCCUGUGGAGAAAUGAUUGUUCCUGACAAGUUACUCAAGAUUUAUCCUGAGGUCCUGAAACGAAUGGAUGAUGCUUCAAAUGAAGUACGCACUGCAGCAGCCAGCACCUUAAUUAGCUGGCUGAAAUGCAUCAAAAAUGAUGAUGGAAAACUUGUUUUUCAAAGCAACAUUCAGUUUCUCUAUCAAGAGUUAUUGGUUCAUCUUGAUGACCCAGAUAAUGACAUCCAGAAUGCAGUGUUGGAGGUUUUAAAAGAAGGAAGUGUGCUGUUCCCAGAUAUACUGGUGAAAGAAAUUGAGUCAGUCAGACAUAAGCAUCGAUCUCCGGUCUUCUGUGAGGAACUACUACAGCAUGUUCAGUCAGAUGGCGUUGCCUUCUGAGUACGGAAUACCGAAAGCGGUAAUUUGAAAAUUGUGUCCGGAAUGAAAAAUACUGUUAAACUCUUGGCUUUUGCUGGAAUGGAGUGAAUGGUUUUCAAUUUUAACCAAAAAUUCUGCAUUUUGUCGAUAUACCAUAGGAACCAAAGGAUGAAAUAAAAAGAAGGUGGAUUUUUUUGCUUAUUCAAUAGCCCAGGAAAACUCAUUUAGUGUUUUUUGGUGAGCAUUUUGAAUAUCUGAUUGUUUUUCAAAGAGCCGUUUAAAUAUUCAUUAAAUGAACCCUGUCAGAUUCAUAAAGCUCACUCAGAAUUCUGCUGACUGUUUGCGUGGUUGAAAUUAAAAUUAAAUGGCAAUUCCCAACAUUGGCAGCAAAAGCCAUCCUGUUUCCUGUUAAACUUUUACGCUCUGCUCAGUUCCUGGAACUACUGGUCCCACCCUGUGCAGAGAAAGAGCAGGUAAUUUGCUGGUGAUAGCUAACUUUCCAUUGUUGUCAAUUUAAUAAAGUAACACAGGUGAAGAUAUUUCAUCAUAGUUAUCUUGCUUUGGAUUUAGUAGGUUACUAGUGUUCAAACUUGCAAAUGUUCAAAAGAUUAUGAUAUUCUGAAAUGCCAUUUGGAAAAUCGCACAAAUUGGGUUCUCUAUGCUAAUAAAUAGGAAAGUAGAAAUUCUAAAAAUGUCAAUAUUUAAGAGCCCCAGUUUGGAAGCAGGAAAGGAAAACUGGGUUCUUUUUUGCUGAAUUAUGAAAUAGCAAAAUAUGGUAUUUUUAACUUUUACAUUUAUUUUGUUUAACAGAACUACUGAUUCUUUGCACUUACAACACCAGAGUGCUUUGUAGACUUGAAUGUUUAAAAUAUAUUUUUAUUACCCUAACAAGCAAGUAUACCAUGUGUUUUUGGGUGACUUGAUUUUCCAAGAAUGAGAUUUUGACAUUUUAAGGCCUGUACUUUUUAUUUGAAAAAUUGAAUUAAAAUAUUUUAUAUUUGUG